GGUGUACGUGACUUGCGUGUAAUCAGCGCAAGGCCCCGGUACCGGGAGCGCGGCCCCGCCCCCGCCGUGAGACCGCCCGGGCCGGAGCCAGCCCCUCACGUGACUCGUGGCCGGGGACCAGCUGACUGGCUGCUCACGUGAUCCCGCCGCUGCAGCUGGGAUCGGAACCAGCUGGCUGCCUGGGCAGGCUCUGCUGUGCUCCCCAGCCCCGCAAUGCCCCCAGUGAGGCUGAAGGAGGCAGAGAAUUUCCACACCUGCCACAAGGCUUCCUGCCCCGUGCUGCAGUUGUCUGUCAUCAGUAUUGCUGCCCUGCUCGCAACAGUUGCCCUAUACCCCAUAUUCAAUGUCCAUGAAGUCAGUGUGGCUGCUGCGAGCCUCCGAGACCCCCCGGGGCCAGAGACAACCCACAGAUCCGGUAGUGCUAAUGGAGAAGGGCGGACGUGGUAUCAGAGGUGGGCAGAGCAACUGGAGACCCCAGGCACUGCUGCAUCAGGGCCCUUGCACUGUGACAUCUCUCCGGAUGGCCGAUUUGACUGUGCACCUGAGAAACUUCUCUCCAGAGCAGAGUGUGAGGCUCGCGGCUGCUGCUACGUUCCGGUUUCCGCUAGGGGCCCUGCGAUUUGGCAGCCCUGGUGUUUCUUCCCACCCAGCUACCCCAGUUACAAGGUGGAGAACCUGAGUGCCACAGAGACCGGUUACACUGCCAGCCUGACCCGCACUGUUCCCACCUUCUUCCCAGAAGACAUAAUGGUUCUGCGGCUGGACGUGGUGUUUGAGACGGAGGGCAGGCUCCACUUCACGCUCAGGGAUCCAGCAAACAAACGCUAUGAAGUGCCACUUGAAACCCCAAAAGCGAGAGGCCAAAUCACCUCUAAACUGUACAGUGUGCAGGUCUCAGCUGACCCCUUUGGCCUGAUGGUAUUCAGGGAAUCCAGCGGGCAGGUUCUGUUGAACACCACGGUUGCUCCCCUCUUCUUUGCUGACCAGUUCCUCCAGAUCUCCACCUCCCUGCCAUCCCGUUUCAUCUCUGGCCUGGGGGAGCACCUGACCUCACUCGCCCUCAAUGUCAAUUGGACCAAAGUCACCCUUUGGAAUCGGGACAUGGCGCCCACGCCUUACGUCAAUCUCUAUGGCUCUCACCCGUUCUACCUGGUGAUGGAGGAUGGCGGCUUGGCCCAUGGAGUCUUCCUGCUGAACAGCAACGCGAUGGAUGUGGUGCUGCAGCCGAGCCCAGCCCUGACUUGGAGAACAACAGGCGGCAUUCUGGAUUUCUAUGUCUUCCUGGGCCCUGACCCCAAGAGCGUGGUCCGGCAGUAUCUGGAUGUCAUCGGGUACCCGUUCAUGCCCCCCUACUGGGGCCUGGGAUUCCACUUGUGCCGCUGGGGCUACUCCUCCACCGCUGCGACCCGGCAGGCUGUGAAGAACAUGACAGCAGCACAGUUCCCCUUGGAUGUGCAAUGGAACGACCUAGAUUAUACAGAUGCCAAGAGAGACUUCACCUUCGACAAGAACAACUUCAGGGACUAUGCGGACAUGGUGGGGGAGUUCCACCAAAGCGGCCGGAGGUACGUCAUGAUCGUGGAUCCAGCAAUCAGCAGCUCGGGGCCCCCCGGCAGCUACAAACCCUACGAUGAUGGGCUGAAGCGAGGGGUGUUCAUCCGAAAUGCAACGGGGAAGCCUCUGGUUGGGAAAGUAUGGCCUGGCCCGACCGUCUUCCCAGACUUCACUAACCCAGAGACUCACCGGUGGUGGCACGACAUGGUGAAGGAGUUCCAUGACCAGGUGCCCUUCGACGGCAUGUGGAUUGACAUGAACGAGCCAUCUAACUUUGUGGCGGGCUCCUUGGACGGCUGCCCAAACAACAAACUGGAAAACCCACCCUAUGUGCCAGGCGUCCUGGGGGGCAGCCUGCGGGCAGGGACUAUCUGUGCCUCCAGCCAGCAGUACCUGUCCUCGCACUACAACCUCCACAGUCUGUACGGGCUGACGGAGGCCAUCGCGUCCCACGAUGCGCUGGUGAGGGUGCGAGGGAAGCGCCCUUUCGUGAUCUCGCGGUCAACCUUUGCGGGUCACGGCCGCUUCGCCGGCCACUGGACUGGGGACGUCAGGAGCAGCUGGGAGCAGCUGUAUUACUCUAUCCCAGGGGUGCUGCUCUUCAACCUGUACGGGGUGCCGCUGGUCGGGGCGGACGUCUGCGGCUUUCUGGGUGACACCUCUGAGGAGCUGUGCGUACGCUGGACCCAGCUGGGCGCCUUCUAUCCCUUCAUGCGGAACCACAACGACCACGGCAACAAGCCCCAGGAGCCGUACGCCUUCGGCCCUGCGGCCCAGGAGGCCAUGAGGAAGGCCCUCUUCCUGCGAUACUCGCUGCUGCCGUAUCUCUACACCCUCUUCCACAAGGCCCACUCGGCGGGGGAGACGGUAGCACGACCUCUCUUCCUGGAGUUCCCCGCAGACCCGAACACCCUGAGUGUUGACCGUCAGUUCAUGUGGGGGGCAGGGCUCCUCGUCACGCCAGUGCUAGAGGCAGGGAAGACCAAAGUCAGCGGCUACUUCCCCGUAGAGACUUGGUAUAACCUGAUGGCAGGCUCCGUCAUCCACAGCAAGGGCCAAUGGGUCCUCUUACCAGCUCCACUGGACACCAUUAACGUCCAUGUGCGGGCAGGACACAUCCUACCUCUGCAAGAGCCUGGCUUCACGACCACAGAGAGCCGGAAGAAGGGCAUGACCCUGGUAGUGGCCCUGACAGUGGCUGGGGUUGCCAGAGGCGACCUGUUCUGGGAUGACGGUGAGAGCCUGCUGACAUUUGAGAAGGGCGACUACACUCAGAUCCUCUUCCUGGCCGCGAACGGUGUGCUGCUGAGUGAGUUGGUGCGGGUGAACAGCCAGGUGGACGGGCUGGUGCUGCAGGAGGUGACAGUGCUGGGUGUCCCCAGCCCGCCCCAGAGGGUUCUAGCUAACGGCAUCCCUGUCUCCGAUUUCUCCUACAGCGCAGACACCAAGAUCCUGAUUAUCCCGCUCACUCUCCCAAUGGGAGAGCAGUUCAUGGUCACCUGGUCCUGAGUCACGAUGGGACGCCUGCCUGUUUCUGCUCCUCUGCACUCUGGUGAAAGAAACAAGUCGUCAGUAAAUGCAAUGCAAUUGCUCCAUGCUGCCUUCCCUGUGUCCUGUGACCUGGCGGGGUGGAGGGAUGAGGUCAGGGGAAGCGAGCUGCAUUUCUAGCUUAACUCAGGUGUUCUGGGGUUGAGAGUUGGUGGUUCUUGGGUGCUUAGGUGAAGGCCGUGGAUCUGCAGAACCAGCCGAGAGCUCCUUUCCACAGCCGUCCCCAGUCGUGCUGCACUGGUGUAUUGGCUGCUUCUGCACCGGGGACCUGAUCCAGCUACUGUUUAAGGCAAUGGCCGAACUCCCAUUCACUUCAGUGGAGCAGGGCUGGGCCCUAGACGGGGAGGGGAACCAAACUUCCAAUCACUUCCCAAGUGGGCGGCCCAGGCGCUAGGGGAAGGAAUCGGCGUGCUCAGCGUCCACAAAGACAACCGUUGCCGUGUCUAAAGCCAUUACCCUUCCCGAGGCUCGAGCAUGUUGUGGGAGCAAGGCAGCUGCAUUUGGCAGUGACUGUCCCCUGUGGUGACAGCAGAGCUGGGACCCUUGCACUGUGCCAGAUGGGUGUGCAGCUUGGGGCUUGCUGGGCGCAGGCAGAGGGUCUGUCUCCUGGUCUGAAAGCAAAGGAGACACCUUGGUUUAAGGCUUGAGAGCUGCAGGGCCUGCCACAGAAUGUGCUUGUGAGGAUGCUUGCUGGGGUGCAGUGGUUCUCAACCUAUUUACCAUUGUGGGCUGCAUCCGGUACUACCUGUAUGGCCCUGAGGAUGUCACGUGGGCCGCAGCCGUGUGCUGAGUGGGCCGCAGGUUGAGAACCGCUGCUGGGGUGAAUGGGGGCGCGGGGUGGGAGACGUGCCUUCCCCUGCAGUGUCUGUGGGUUGGGCAUGCCCUGGAUGUGGGGCGUUGUCCGCCUGGCCUAGAGAAGCGCAGAGGGACGGGCUGUGGGUGGUCUCGUCACUGUGCAGUGGAGCUUCCUGCUCUUCUGGGGAGAUUUAUUGCUAAUAAAGGCCACUGUGAAUGUU